AUGAGCGGGCAGACGGCCAAUCUAUAUGGUCAGGAAGAAGAGGAGAUGACCACCCUCCAAGGAAGUAAUGGUUAUCGAGGUGUCAUGCCUACCAGUCCCAGCAACUUCGAUUUCCAAUUUCAAGACCUUCCCGCCCCAAGACCGAGGAUGCCUUUCCGUGCCGGCCAUACGGCUAGUCCCCGAUACAGUCCACCGGAGUACAGCUCGGCAGGCUGGCUACAACCGACACCUAGGACCUCCGAUGUGCCCGAAGCUUGGUCGGGCUCUCCUUAUGACUCUCGUUCGACAUCACCGACGUUGUAUCAAAAUACCCCAGUUCAACAAAGCGCCCAGAGUUUGGCGCCGCUAGUGAACGCCGCCUCACCAGGAUUUGCCAAGGAGUGGGUGCAGACAGGUUCCUCAUCCAUUGCCCGCAUCAAUGAUCGCGACGACGCAGAGAUCUGGAAAGGAUGGAAGCGAUGGAUCUUCUUCCUAACCCCCUUCCUCACCUUUGGUAACACUGCCAUUUAUCUUUUCUAUCUUGGAUUGCGGAUCUACUGUAUCAUCCAGGCACAAAAUGCCGCCAGGGUCAACUACGCCGGUGCCUGGGUCUUUGUCGCCAUUGAAAUCGCCGUCGCCAUUCCUUCUCUCAUGCACAAUUGCUGGACAAUGCUGGCAUUGAAGAAACGCGGUCGCGCGAAGUUGCGGUUGACUGGAAACGAUUGUCCGACCGUGGAUGUCUUCGUGACCUGCUGCGGUGAGGAUGACGAGGUAGUCCUCGACACUGUGCGGGGCACCCUCGAUCAAGAUUACCCGCAAGACCGAUUCCGGGUAAUUGUGCUCGAUGAUGCGAAAUCGGCAAGCUUGGAAGAAUCGAUCAACCAGCUCACUGCAACCCACCCGAACAUCUACUACAUGGCCCGAGAGAAGGUCCCGGGAAAACCCCACCACUUCAAGGCGGGUAACUUAAACUACGGUCUGGAUCAAGUGCAUACCUUGCCGGGCGGCGCGGGCCAGUUUAUGGCCGCGUUAGAUGCUGAUAUGAUUCCCGAACAAGAAUGGCUUCGCGCGGUGCUUCCCCACUUGUUGGUGGAGCCCAAGAUGGCCCUUGCAUGCCCUCCGCAACUCUUCUACAAUACCCCUGCAUCCGAUCCCCUUGCACAGAGUCUCGACUUCUUCGUGCAUGUCAUUGAACCAAUCAAGGAUGCGCUUGGCGUGGCUUGGUGUACCGGUUCGGGAUAUGUUGUGCGUCGGGAGGCCUUGGAAGAGAUUGGUAACUUCCCACUUGGCUCCUUGGCAGAGGAUGUCGCAACUUCAACUUUGAUGCUUGGCAAAGGAUGGAAGACCGCGUACAUUCACGAGCCGCUGCAGUUUGGUACCGUUCCAGAAGACUUUGGCGGUCACCUGAAGCAGCGCACUCGAUGGGCUAUUGGAACUGUGGAUACCGCCUUUAAGCUGAAGUUCUGUCUAUGGGGCGAUGCUGUCCGUCAGAUGAGCUUCGCUCAACGUUUCUCUGGAUUCCUCUAUGCGACCCUGAGCUUAUACACUCUCCUCCUCACGGCCUCUCUGUUCGCUAUCCCUAUCAUUCUCUUGUGGGGUAAGCAACUUGUUUGCUAUGCCAACCAGGAUGAGCUCCACUGGCUCAUCUGGGCUUGUUUCGCGGCGACCCUUAGCAACCGUCUGUGCGAGUUUGCGCUGUUCAUCCCUGCAGGUUACAACACUGGCCAGCGAGGUUCUCGUUACCAGCUGUGGAUGUCGCCUUAUAUCGCCAUUUGCAUCGUCCGCUCUUUUAUGCUGCCGAAGUGGCUUGGUGGUCAAACCCAGGCCUUUAAGCCCACCGGUUCCCUCGGCUCUGCUCUCAAUGAGCGUGACCCGAAGACCCGCAAGAACUUGUUCGUUCGUUUGCGCGUCAUUCUAUUCAACUACAUGGCUCUCUUCCACUUCGCAUUCGUUUAUGUCACUCUCAUCGCGGUGGUCAUCUCCUCUUACCGUUGCUUCGCAGUCGCGAGUGGUGUCAAGGGCGUUAUCAUCUGUUUGAUCACACAUGCCUUCUGGCCGCCAUUGACUUUCCUUUUCAUUUGCACUUCUCUCUGGACGCCGGUCUCCUACGCCAUUGAUCCCCCUUCGAUGCCAGAGCGUGAAGACCUCUUGAACCGCGACCCUAAGACUGGAGUGGCCCACCCGACUACUAAGAGCAAGAAGAUUGCUUUCGGUGGUCAGGCUGCCUGGUUCGAACUCCAGUAUACGGUUGCGACGGCCGCCACGAUCUUGAUUUUUGUUUACUCUUUCUUCUGGUAA